AUGGCAAAACUAACUCCUUCAUCAACUAUCAAGCUGAAUAAUGGUGCUCAGCAUCCCGUUAUCGGACUAGGGACAUAUUUACUCAAAGACAGUGCAUCUAUAGCACAAGCGAUAAACACAGGCUACAAGGCACUAGAUACGGCCUGCUUUUACCACAAUCACAAGGAAUUUGGCAAAGGAGUGCGUGAUUCUGGAGUACCACGUGAGAGUCUAUACCUCAUUUCCAAAGUAGAUCCAUGGACUGGGACAGUGCGCAAUGCACGACAAUCUAUCCUGCAGUCGCUACAAGAUGCGCAGGUCGGCUAUUGGGACCUAGUUUUGGUCCACUCGCCAAGCGGCGGGAAGAGUGUGAGAAUGGGUGCGUAUCAGGAGCUUUCGACAUUAGUGGAAGAGGGCAAAAUACGCUCAUUGGGAGUGUCAAAUUAUGGAGUUAAACACAUCGAGGAGUUGCUCAACUCGAAACCUAAAUACACACCGGUGGUUAAUCAGGUAGAGGUCCACACUAUGCAUUCUAACAGUGAGGUCGUGGAGUGGUGUAAGAAGCAGGGUAUCCUCGUACAGGCUUACUGUCCACUAGCGAGAUGUAGGUCGUUGAAAGAUGAGAGGAUUGGGAGCGUCGCUGAGAAGCACGGCGCUACGAAUGCACAAGUGAUGCUGGCGUGGUUGAUCGGUAGGGGUUUGGUGCCCCUGCCAAAAUCAGGCAACAAAGAAAGACAACAAGACAAUUUACAGAGCUUAAAAGUGGAAUUAAGCGAUGAGGAUAAUGCGCUACUAAACGGCUUAGACAUGGAAAUGGACGUAGAUGGGCAAUUUAUGAUACAAAGUAUGUGA